AUGUUCAGAGAUGGAAGCUGGGUGCUGCUACAGAACUGCCAUCUCGCGAAGAGUUGGAUGCCAGUGCUGGAGCGGUUUGUAUUUUCUCUGUCUGAGGCGGAAUCUGCUUCGUGCUCGUCUCCUUCCCCGCGUUCGUCGCCCUCAGCAAGUCUGCAGAACAGAGAACGAGACACAGCUGUUUCGCCCAAAUUUCGCCUCUUCAUGACGUCAAUGCCGGCACCCUAUUUCCCUGUUUCUGUCCUGAAAAACAGCUUAAAAGUCACUGUAGAACCCCCCAGUGGAAUUCGAGCGACUUUGAAGCGGUCCAUCAUGAACUACACCCGGGAGGAUCUGGAUCUCUUUGGUCGGGCCCCCGAGGGCGUCUCUGAGUCCGAGAGCGGCCGCAAGGCAGACGCGUGGACUCGCAUCCGCUUUGCUCUCCAGUUUUUCCAUGCAGUCGUCCAGGGCCGCCGAACUUUUGGAUCCCUGGGGUGGAACGUGGGCCACUACUUCACGGAGAGCGACUUGGACGCCUCGCUCGUGCUGUUUAAGAGCCUGUUUGAGCGCCAAGAGAAAGUCGAGGACUUUGAUUUCCUUCCGCUCCAGUACCUCGUCGGCAAUAUCAACUACGGCGGCUGCGUCACAGACGAGUGGGACAGAAGAUGUCUAGCGAACCUCCUGUCCCUCUACGUGUCUCCGGAAGUCGUUCUUGAGGAGGACGCGCUCUCUCACCUUGGCCUGCAGCGAAUUCCGUACGCAGGCUCGCUGGAAGCUCUCAACGAGUAUGUGGAGACGCUGCCAGUCGAAGACAAACCAGAAGUAUUCGGUUUGCACCCGAACGCGACGCUGCGCCUUCAUCAAGAGAGAGGCGCCUUUCUCAUUCAAUCUGUCCUCGCAAUCGCUUCCAGGGACAGCGCGACCGCCUCUUCUGGGGGUGCUCGAGAGGACCAAGCGAUGGAGUUUGCCCAGCUUAUGAAACAGAAACUCCCCCCUCUCCUCAAAUUUCGGCCUCUCUCGGAGGAGUCCUUCGCUGCGAACCAAAGAGGCGCUCGAUCCCUUCCGUCAGGCCGGUCGCCUGCGCGAGGCCGCAGACACGGCGAAGGCAGCCCUCUGUCGGGGACGGCGGCACAAGAGACAGAGACCGCGCAGGCUUCGAAACCUGAGUCGAUGGCGACAUUUUUGUUUCAGGAAGCAGAGCGAUUUAACGCUCUCAUCUCCCUCAUGGGCGAGACUCUCCAGCAGCUGGAGCUCGCGGUCAAGGGCCUUACGUCUUUCACAGUAGAACUGGAUGAAAUGCACACAUCCUUCUUGAACAAUCAGGGCUUCCUCACCGCAGUUCUGCAAACCUACGCCAGAAAGACACUGGUCCCAAUCGACGCUCUUGGAUUCACUUUUCGUGUGAUGAGUACAUGCAAUCCUGAAGAGCUAGUCGCAGACGACACGCUUGAGGACGGGUGCUACGUUUAUGGUCUCUACAUUGACGGAGCGCGGUGGAAUUACAACAGGGAAGUCAUCGACGACCAGCUGCCGGGCGCCAUGCAUGACAUUUUCCCGGUGAUUCUGUUUCAGCCAGGUGUCCACCCAGCUCUCCAAGAUACAGACUAUAGCUGCCCCGUAUACAAGACGAUGCGCCGCGCGGGUGUCCUGUCAUCGACAGGGCACUCGACAAACUUCAUCGCUGCCGUCGACUUGCCUACAGACCAGCACCCCAGCAAGUGGAUCCUCCGCGGCACGGCACUGGUCUGUUCCGUAGAAGACUGA